CGGAGCGCGAGGACGCAGGGGUUUAUAUAUGUGUGUGUGUGUGUGUGUGUGUGUGUGUGAUGUACAGACACCGCAGUUUCAUGCUUUUUAUCCCUAAAUAUCGUUUAUAAACGCACUACAGCGCAUUCCGGCGGAUUUUAAUCCCGAAAUCUUCAGAGAAACCGUCGAAGGAGCGCCUUCAUCCGUCCUCGGGGAUUUUUGGGGGAUUUUUUACCCUUUUUUUUGGACCCGUACAAAAGGAGGCUUGUGUGAGUGUAGACUGGAGUAAAGAAAUCUUCAUCAUCGUCAUCCUCCUCCUCACCCCGAGGUGUAUAUUGGAGCUGGUCUUUAGACCUGCAGGACACAAACUCGUCUUAUUUAUCCAUCUGAAGCUGAAGCUCCACACGGGCCUUUAACUGCCUGCGUUAUUUCACCUAAAUAAACACUCGGAUAUCUUCAGGAACCAUCAGCGGCUCUCGGGGGCUGUGUGGCGUUGUGUAACUGGGAAACUUCACAAACUCCACUUUUUCGAGCGCGCGCGCGCGUGUAUGUCUGUGUGCGUGAGUGUGUGUGAGUGCUGGUGUGCGUGAGUGUGUGUCUGUGUGUGCGUGAGUGUGUGUGAGUGCUGGUGUGUGUGUGUGUGCGUGAGUGAGUCUGUGUGUGUGUCUGUGUGUGAGUGCUGGUGUGUGUGUGUGCGCGCGUGAGUGUGUGUGCGCGCGUAUGUGAUUUUUGUCCAUUUUGUUGUACAGUGCAGUGUUUUGACCCCCUGAGGUAAAGCGGCACAUGGCGUGUCCCAGCUGACACACUGCAGCUCACUGCUCGUUAGUUUGGGGUCUUUUUUUUCUUUUACACCUUUUUAUUAUCAGGACAUGUGGGUUAUUUCUCCCUCCAUCAUGGGGCUCGUAUGGAGGAGUGUGACUGCUCUGUGGAUCCUGCUGCUCACAACACAGGCUGAUGAAGAGGUUUUAAUGAACACCAAGACAGAGACAUCAGACCUGAAGUGGACGACUUACCCCCGACCUUCUGGGUCUGAGGAGGCGAGCGGUCUGUGGGAGGAGGUGAGCGGUCUGGACGAGGAGAACAACAGCGUGCGGACGUAUCAGAUCUGUCAGAGCGAUGGCUUGGCCAGUCAUUGGCUGCGCAGUAAACUGAUCGCACGCCGUGGAGCCUCGCAGGUGUACGUGGAGCUGCGCUUCACCAUGAUCGAGUGUUCGUCUCGCAGCACGCACCAUCGCUCCUGCAAGGAGACCUUCAACCUCUACUACUAUCAGAGCGAUGUGGAUGAUGCCACGCCCACACACCCCGCCUGGAUGGAGAACCCUUAUGUCAAGGUGGACACGGUGGCAGCAGACUUCCUGCUCCGAAAAGGAGGAGAGAAAAAGUUUAAUGUGAAGACGCUGCGUUUGGGUCCCCUGAGCAAGCGCGGCUUCUAUUUAGCCUUCCAGGCUCAGGGAGCGUGUAUGGCUCUGCUCUCAGUGCGGGUCUUCUUCAAGAAGUGUCCGUCACUCACACGCUCGCUGUCUGUCUUCCCCGAGACGAUCCCACGCUCUCUGGUGCAGGAAGCUGUGGGUGAGUGUGUGAGGAACGCCGCUCUGCUCGGACCCAAAGCCAGACCGCCCAAGAUGUUCUGUGCUGAGGACGGACAGUGGGUGGAUCAGCCGAGCAGCAGCUGCACGUGUUUGCCGGGGUACGAGGCCGGGCCAGGGGAGCUGGAGUGCAGGGCGUGUCCUGCGGGUCACUUUAAGUUGAGUCUUGGUGCUGGUCCGUGUUCUUCGUGUCCUGAGUCGAGUCACACAGGAGAGAUGGGAGCCGCGGCGUGUGUGUGUCGACCAGGAUACCACCGCGCAUCCACAGACACACAGGACAUGCCCUGUACACGCCCCCCCUCGCCCCCCCACAGCCUCUUCCCUCAGAUUAAUGACACGUCAGUGACACUGGAGUGGAGUGAGCCGGUGGAUAGCGGCGGACGUUCUGACCUCUCCUACAUGGUGGAGUGUAAAGUGUGUGCGGGAUCUCUGUGUUUGCCGUGUGGCGACAGCGUGAGCUACCGACCCGCCCAGAAAGGCCUGACCGGUCGCAGCGUCAGUGUCCGGGGGCUCCGCCCACACACCACCUACACCUUCAUCGUCACUGCCCUCAAUGGGGUUUCCCUGCUCAGUGGCCAGGGGCCGGCCUCAGAGAGCAUUAACAUUACCACCGGGCAACAUGUUCCAGUGCUAGUCUCAGGUAUCAGGCAGAGCACAGCAACUGAAUCCAGCCUGACUUUACAGUGGCCGAUCCCAACACACACUCACUACAACAUCCUACAGUAUCAACUCCGCUACUGUGAAAAGCAGGAGCGAGGUGUGGAGGAACACUCGUGUCGUUAUAAGGAGAGCGUCAGUAAUCAUGUGGUCCUGAGUGACCUCCGUAGGGCGACUCAGUAUGAAGUGCAGAUCCGAGCACGGACACAGUCGGGGUACAGCAUCUUCAGCCAGGCCAAGUCCUUCAGAACGCUGCCUGAUGAAGACGUCUCCUCUUCCCCGCUGCUGGUGACUGGGAUCCUCAUUGCCGUGGGGAUGAUCCUUCUUAUCACCGUCGUCAGCCUCGCCAUCUACUGCGUCCGCAAACAGAACCGUCUGAAGGAUCCAGAACUCAGUGAUAAAAAUGGCCAGUACCUCAUGGGCCAAGGAGUGAAGGUGUACAUCGAUCCUUUCACCUACGAGGACCCGAACGAGGCUGUGCGAGAGUUUGCUAAGGAGAUCGACGUCUCCUGUGUGAAGAUCGAGGAGGUGAUCGGAGCAGGUGAGUUUGGUGAGGUGUGUCGAGGUCGCCUCCGUGUUCCUGGUAAAAAGGAGAACUAUGUGGCCAUUAAGACUCUUAAGGGCGGCUACACGGAUAAACAGAGGCGGGACUUCCUGUCUGAGGCGUCCAUCAUGGGCCAGUUCCAUCAUCCCAACAUCAUCCACCUGGAGGGCAUCAUCACAGCCAGCUGUCCUGUCAUGAUCAUCACCGAGUUCAUGGAGAAUGGAGCACUCGACUCCUUCCUCAGGCUGAAUGAUGGCCAGUUCACACCGAUCCAGUUAGUGGGAAUGUUGCGUGGAAUAGCAAGUGGGAUGAAGUAUCUCUCUGAGAUGAGCUACGUCCAUCGGGAUCUGGCCGCUCGGAACAUUCUGGUCAACAGCAACUUGGUGUGUAAAGUGUCAGAUUUCGGGCUGAGUCGCUUCCUUCAGGAGAACUCUUCUGACCCCACGUACACCAGCUCACUGGUUAGUGUACACACACACACACACACACACACACACUCACGUCCCAGUGCACUUCUCCCUCUACUUUUUCAUCUUUCUUCUCUGAGUUAUUUGUCUGGUCAGAACACAAACACACCCUUAGUAACAUCUGACCUGUGGAUUAUUCAGGGUGGUAAGAUCCCAAUUCGCUGGACGGCUCCAGAGGCCAUCGCCUUCCGCAAAUUCACCUCUGCGUCUGACGUGUGGAGUUACGGCAUCGUCAUGUGGGAGGUGAUGUCGUUUGGAGAGAGACCGUACUGGGACAUGAGCAAUCAGGAUGUUAUCAACGCUAUAGAGCAGGAUUAUCGUUUGCCACCGCCCCCUGAAUGCCCCUCCCACCUCCACCAGCUGAUGCUGGACUGCUGGCAGAAAGAGCGAACAGCUCGCCCCAGGUUCGCCAACAUCGUCUCUGCCCUUGACAAGCUGAUCAGAAACCCCGCCUCCCUCAAAAUCACUACCCACGAUGGAGCCGGUCCGUCUCACCCUCUCCUAGACCAGCGCUCUGCUAUCUCGUCCUGCAGUUCGGUGUCUGAGUGGCUCAGGGCCAUAAAGAUGGAGCGCUAUGAGGAGAGUUUCAUACAGGCGGGAUACACAUCCAUCCAGCUACUGACUCACAUCAAUGCAGAGGAUCUGUUGAGGUUGGGCGUGACUCUCGCUGGCCAUCAGAAGAAAAUCCUCUCCAGCAUUCAAGCUCUUCGAAUUCAAAACAAGAGUCCUAAUAACAUCCUCUACUGACUAAUACACACACACACACGCACACACACACACACACACACACAUACACAAUCUCAUUUAUAGACUCGGCUCUUCCUGGUACGUGGACCAAUCAGGACUUUGCUCGCCGUCUGUAUCGGGACGACAGAAAAGGGUUUCGCAAGAACGUUAAAGGUUUGCUAGACUUUACGGAGCGAGUUCCACAAUCACCGUGGCAACGGUGCGGUAUUAACUGAGGACGUCAUGAACAACGGGAAGAGGAAAAAAGAAAAAGUGCCAUAUUUUGGCGUGACCGCGCCAGCACAUGGACUUCCAGGCCGUGUUACGCUUUCAGAGUAUUUUUCUAACAGAGUGUGUUAUCAGUAAGAGACUUAACCAGGAUUAAACCAGGAGGAACAGUGAGAUCCGUGUUUAAGCCCUGGUUCUCCGUGGGGUUCUGUUCCCUGCUCUUUCUUUACACACGUGACUCUCUGGGGAUUCGAGUUCUUUUUCAGUAUCUGCAGUGUGCGCUGUGAGAAAAAACACACACACACUUAGAUGUAAUAUUAUUGCCAGGUGAAUAAUCUGUUCACUCAGACUGUAGUCAGUUUACACGUUUUCACAAAUCCUGAAUGGAUUACUUCCUUUCUCUGAUCAGAUUAAUCCAGAUUAUACACACACACACACACACACACACAUCUCAUUUCUAUCAGUGUGUCCCUGCAUCCAAAUGAACACAUGAUCAUGUAGAGUUGUGUUUUUAACAGGAGGGCUGAAUUUUGUUCUAGGGGUCCAAGCACCAAAGUCAGUUUCAAUUGAACCUGUUGUGUGUGUGUGUGUGUGUGUGUGUGUGGAAAAUUCCACAAAGAAAACACUCUGAAUAAAGAUCAUGAUAAUCUAAACAUCUAAAUGUUCAGGAAAUAAAUCCAUGCUGAAGGGGUCCGAGGAUUUAUUGUACAGAUAAGGAGUUUCUGCCCCCCAUAAAGGCUACAGGGUAUAAGAGCCUUAGCAUUACAGUGAGAUCAGGAUCCUACAGCACAAUUAAUAUUCAUCAUGUUUAUUGUUUAAAAUUAGAUUUUUUUUUCUUUCUUUUUUUUAAAUGAUCAUGACUUUGUUUUUAGUUUUUUUCUUUACAGGAUGAUGUAUAAAUAUUUAAGUCACAUUAAGAUUACGCUAAUCACAGUCACUGCGUUAAUUAGUGUUUCAGCCCAUAAUGUGCAUGGGACAUAAAUAAAGCCAAUAAAUUGCACCAAAUCCAGUUAAAAAGUUAAAACUUAGUGUUUAUUACAGUUUGAGCACCAAAUUAAUUAGAAAACAUUUUCAAACCCAUAACACACUGAAUAGCAAAGAAAAGCUGAGUGUUUACAUCAGAACGAGCGAAUCAGCCUUGAGUGAAUCAGCCAGUUCAUCAGAAACUCACAUUUCUACAUGUAAAUGUUUUAUUCCAGGUGUGUGUGUGUGUGUGCGUGCGUGCGUGCGCACGCGCGUGUGUGUGUGUGUGUGUGUGUGUGUGUGUGCGCGUGCGUGCGUGCGCGCGCGCGUGCGUGUGUGUGAGGGGUGAGGUGUUGUUAGCACUUGAGUACAUUUUAUACAGGCAAAAUGACAGUGUUGGAUAUUGGUGACACACACACAUGCACACACACACACACACACACACACACACACGGAAAUCUUUUCUUUAUGUCAGCAGAAUAUCUUCAUAUUUUAAAAAACUGACCUUUGACCCCAGGCAGCAUCCCCAUGAGGGUGUGUGCGCAUGAGGAUGAGUGUGAUCAGAUCUUCACAUUGGAGAUCUGUAAUAAACAAACGCAGGGAGAUGAUGAUGAUGAUGAUGAUGAUGAUGAUUAUGAUUAUAAUUAUUAUUCAUGUUAUUAUAAUUAUGCCUCUGUUUUCCUUUGAUGUAUAGGAAUAUACAUUUGUAUGUAAAUGAGUUUUAAUUCCUCCUUCAGUGUAACCUGUGUUUCUGUCCCAAUAAACCAUUUACACACA